CCAUGUUCCUCUCUGGUUGCUGUGAUGGAGACGAGGCGCUUUGGAUUUUAAACUUUCUGUUUUAAAUGUAAAAAAUCCUCCGAAAUACUCAAUAUCACACAUAAAGCAUCAGAGCUGUACAAUCACAAGAUGUUUUAAAAACACUGCAGAACUGAGGGUGCCCGUGCCCGCCCCAGUGCGCGCGCUCCUGUCACGCCGCCGUCACCAUGGCGACCACGGGAUUGCGCAUCGGAGAUCAGCUGGUGCUGGAGGAAGACUAUGAUGAAAACUACAUCCCUUCUGAGCAAGAGAUCAAUGAGUACGCCGCCGAGAUCGGCAUCGACCCGCAGCGCGAGCCGGAGCUGCUGUGGUUGGCCAGAGAGGGGAUGGUGGCGCCGCUGCCCGACGAGUGGAAACCAUGUCAGGACAUCACCGGUGAAGUCUACUACUUCAACUUCUCCACGGGUCAGUCCACGUGGGAUCACCCCUGUGACGAGCAGUAUCGCCAGCUAGUGGUGCAGGAGCGCGAGCGCACACAACACAGCAGAACCGCUCCGCCCGCGGCCAACGCUGCCGUGGGGAAGGACAAGGAGAAGGAGAAGAAGAAGAAGAAAGACAAGAAGAAGAAGAAGGAGAAGAAGAAAGACCCGGAGGGAGUCAGAGCUCCAGGGAUGUUGGCUCCUCUCGCUCCUCUGCGGGGUCUGUCUGAGGCUCCUGUCACUCCUCUCAGAGGGUCUCUGGGCGUCUCAUCUGGACUCCAGCCGCUUAAAUCCUCUCUAGGGUCUGUCGUGUCAAGCUCCACUGCUUUCAGAAGUGCUGAGGAAGACGAGGAGAUCUCAGAGGAAGAGAGGCCGCUAGAUUCAGUCGGACUGCUGAAGAACCUCCACCUGGAUCUGGAUGCUCUGGGAGCGGGACUGCAGUAUGAGGACAGUGAGGUCAGUGGGACAGUUCCUCCUGAAGAAAGAACAGAACCUGAACUACAGGAUUUGGGUUUAUCGAGGGAUCACAGUCCAGAACCGCCUUCAGAGGACUCGUUGCGUGGACGUCUCCUCCCCUCCACAGCCGCUUCAUGCCCUCUGACCUCAGACGCUGCGGAAGACCAGCCGCUGAUCGAAGGCAUGAGUGACGGUGUGCAGGAGGAGAAACAGUCCGAUGAAGAGAAGAGCGAAGAGAUCGAUGAGCAGAUCGAGAGAUUCAGCCAGACCGAGGAGAGAACCGAAGAACAGAGAGAUCAGACGGAGAGUGAAGAUGAUGAAAACAAGCCUAGAGAAGAACAGGAGAAAGACAGUGAAGUACAGGCAGAGAGAAGCGUUUCCUGUGAAGAGGAGGAGGAAGAGAGGCUUUCAGAACACAGUGAAAGAGAGGAAAAUAAACAUGACACUCAGAGCGACAGAGACAGCGAGGAGAUCGAGCGCUUUCAGAAGGACAGCCCUCACAUAGAAAAAGGAAAAGAACAGAGGCAAGAGAAAGGCGAGAUCAACAGUGAGGAAGAGGUAGAGAGAAGUGUUUCCCAUAUGGAGGAGGAAGAGAGGCUUUCAGAACACGGGGAAACUGAGGAAGAUGAGCAUAAAGAAGAGCAGAGAGAGAGUGAAGGAUGCGGGAUCAGCGACACUCAGAGCGACAGAGACAGCGAGGAGAUCGAGCGCUUUCAGAAGGACAGCCCUCAAAUGACACACUUUAAAACAGGGAAGUUUGUGCCUCAGUGGAAUCCAGUGUGCAGUGAGGAAUCUGAAGCUGGUGAAGCAGCAGCGGCAUCGCUCUCAUCCGCUGAUGAUUUGCAGGCUGGUUUUCACUCCAAACUCUCAGAGAAUGUGUUUGAUCUGCUGGAUCUGACGCCUGCAGUGGACAGGAAGGAAGAGGAGGGAGAGGCAGACGUGGACAGCUGUGUGGACGUCUCUGUCUCUGCAGACAGGCGUCUGCAGUCCCAGUCCGACGUCUCCUCGCCCGCUGAUGACAUCAGCAGAGCAUCACAUGACCAGAGACCGCCGACGGCCCGCGGCCGAACCCACACCAGUGAUCAGGAGAAGAGACGAGAAGCUCAGGAGGAUGAAGAGCAGCGUGAGCGGGAUGAAGAGGAGAGAAGACGGAUGGAGGAGGAGAAGAACAGACUGAUGGAGGAGGAGAAGACCAGACUGAUGGAGGAGGAGAAGACCAGACUGAGGGAGGAGGAGAAGACCAGACUGAGGGAGGAGGAGAAGACCAGACUGAUGGAGGAAGAGAAGAACAGACUGAUGGAGGAGGAAAAGACCAGACUGAGGGAGGAGGAGAAGAACAGACUGAGGGAGGAGGAGAAGAACAGACUGAUGGAGGAAGAGAAGAACAGACUGAUGGAGGAGGAGAAGAACAGACGCAUGGAGGAAGAGAAGAACAGACUGAUGGAGGAGGAAAAGAAAAGACUAAUGGAGGAAGAGAAGAACAGAUUGAUGGAGGAGGAGAAGAACAGACUGAUGGAGGAGGAGAAGAGACGAGAAGCUCAGGAGGAUGAAGAACAGCACAAGUGUGAUGAAGAGGAGAAAAACAGACUGAGACUGCAGCUGCUCAGACAAGCGCUGAUGAAGGACGAGGAAGACGAGGAGCGCCGGAUGAAGGAGGAGAGCGCCGAGCAGCUGAGGGUUUUGAAGGAGCAGAUACUUAAAAACAGACGAGAUGAGGAGGAGCGAUUAAACAACGACACGCACACACAACUACAAAAUCUAAGAUCUGAGAAUGAGGUGAGACUCCAGGAGCUGCGCUCAGAGCUGGAGGCGGAGCAGGAGAGGGCGGAGACUCAGAGGAGGCGGGGUCUCGAGCGCCUGAGGGAGGAGUUAGAGGAGGAGCUCCAGGCAGAGAGGAGGCGGCUACAGGACAAGAAGGAGGAGCAGCUGACCUCCAUCAAAACACAGGCUAAACUGAGUGACUCUCAGAAGAAUUCAAGGAGUCCACGACCAGAACAACCUUUAGCCGAGUACCAGAGAGAGCUCACAGAUGUCCUGCAGGAAGUUCGUGAGGAAGUUGAGAGAGAUCACAGGAAGAAACUAGAACAACUGAAGGAGGAACAUCGACAUGAACUACAGAACCUCAGAGAAACACACCUGGAGCGGGAGAGCAGGGAGAGGGAGCGUCUGCUGAACUCUCUUCAGGAGGAGAGAGACACUCUAAUGUCUACACACACAACACAACUACACAAACUACAGCACACGCUGGACACACAACUGCAGGAGAUGCGCAGGACACACUCACUGAAGGAGACAGCGUUACAGGAGUGGAUGGAGAAGCUGGAAGUACAAACCAAAGAACUUCAAACUCAAGAGGCAGAACUUCAGUCAAAGGCAUCAGAAUUGAAGAAGAGCAGACAGCAGCUGUGUGAGGAAGAGGAGGAUAUUCAGAGAGGAUUAGAGUCUCUCCCUCGGCUGCUGAAGGAGCGGGACGAGCUCCACGAGGAGCUGCAGCGGAUGAGAGCAGAUCUUCAGAGAGAGAGACAGGAGAGAGAGAGACAGAGAGAGGAGAACAGCAGGAUGAUGGAGGAGAGACACCAGCUGGAGACGAGGGUCACACUCCUGCAGGACAGAUGUGAACAGCUCAGCUCCAGAGUCAGUGAGCUGGAGCAGAGCGGCAGAGCGGAGAGAGAGGAAGAGCAGCAGAAGAAGAGCAGGAGGAAGAGCGAGAGCGGCCUGCGCUUGGAGGACCUCGAGGCAUCAGUGCUGCGCUCAGGAGACGCCAGCGACAGCAGCGUAGACCAGUACGUUGUGAGGCAGUAUAUGUGGAAUGAGAGCGUGUCUCUCCUCAGGGCUCGGCAGUUUCUGGAGCGGCAGAGCGUUCAGGUGUCGGACCGACAGGCAGCGCUGCGGGCAGCUCACAGCAGUCUGAAGGACCCCUCGCCCGGGACCUCCACACAGCAGCUCUACCACAACCUGCAGCAGGAGGGGAGGGAUCUAGCCGAGCUGAGGGAGACGCUUCACAAGGGCCAAACGCUACUGAAAGAAAAAGAGGAAAAACUUAACCAGCUCGAAACUUCACUGACUGAAGAGGUGUCAUGUGAGGACGCUGAGAGGUCAGCUGAUCGAAAAGUGACGUUUGAUGUCACCGAGUCAGAGAUGAGCAGCAUCUACAGCCCGGAGGGAACAGUUCCAGUGAAGGUGCAGCAGUUGGCCGACUCUCUGCAGCUGAUCUCAGGUCAGCUCAAUUCUGUGUUAGGAGCUUUGGGUUCACUGACCCACAAACAGGCUCCGCCCACUCUGACCACACCUCUACCACCCCGUCCCUCGUGGGCGUGGCCUGUAAACUCCUCCCCCUCGCUGUCCAACGGACUCACACACAGACCCACAGACUCGCUGCAGAACCGCUGGUCGGGCCUGAGCACAGGUGAGACACACACACACACACACACACGUCAUCACCUACAGCAUCAUCUGAACAUCAUCUCUGUUUCCACAGAAACCAGCAGAGCUCACAUGACCUACUCAGGAUACACACCGCCAAGUCUGUCAAGUCUGCGUCCAUCAGCAGAGGUGGACGGUCAGCGGCUGCAGGGUCUGAUUGAAGGAAACAAACGCUGGCUGGAAGCUCAACGGAAGAACCGCAACAUUCCUCUCUUCCCAAACCUCAGGACCGGGUCCAGCAGCGCUGGGUUAGUUCAGCUCAGCCUGGACGACAACAACCAGAUUAAAGUCCAUCAUUACUGAAGCAGCUCGAAUACACACAC